CACAGAUGCAGACCAGGAAGUGGAUGAGAGCACUUGUCUCAAUCAAUCUUAGAUACAUUGGUACCAGAUAUUUAAGUGUCUGAGGAGAAGACAUGGCUAAUGUGAGGUUGCUGAGGAGCUGGAUGCUGAGGACCCCCUUAAUAAUCGUCAUCGGUAUAUUACUUUCUUUAGUCCUUUGGGAAACUGUCUUAAACAGAGAGUCAUUGCCUGAUCUCAAAGUACCACAGCAGUUCUCUUUAGACCUGCCUGGCUGUUUGGCUAUCAUCAGUGGAAAUGCAGAGGGGAAGAAAAGCGAACUAGAAGUGCUUCUGGCAUCCAAGAGAAGACAAAGUCUUUUAUCUGAGGACUUCUACCUUAAUGCGACAAAGGACUGUUCAUCUUACAUUGAAAAGAGAGGUUUCCUGACUGCACCUCUCAGUGAGGAGGAAAAAUUUCCCAUUGCCUACUCCAUGGUGAUCCACGAGAAGAUAGAGAUGUUUGAGCGACUUCUACGAGCUGUUUAUACUCCUCAGAACAUCUACUGUGUGCAUGUGGACCUGAAAGCCCCUAAAGAUUUCCACAAGGCUGUGGCGGUAAUUAUUUCCUGCUUUCCUAACGUGUUUGUAGCCAGUAGAUUAGAAAGUGUGGUAUACGCCUCAUGGUCCCGAGUGCAGGCAGAUUUGAACUGCAUGGAAGAUCUGCUGAGCUCGCAGGUCCAGUGGAGGUACCUGCUCAACACCUGUGGGUCAGACUUCCCCAUCAAAACCAAUGUUGAAAUGAUUCGGGUACUGAAGGCCCUCAGAGGGAGGAACAGCAUGGAGUCUGAGGCCACCAAUGACUACAAGAAAGUCCGUUGGCUGUAUCAUUACAAUGUAACUAAUACUGUCAUCAAGACAGAUGUGAAGAAAAGUCCCCCACCCAUCAGCAGCCCCAUGUUCACAGGAAAUGCUUACUUUGUGGUCACCAGAGCUUUUGUGAGACAUGUGAUGCAGGACAGAGAGGUUCAGCAGCUCUUUGACUGGGAGAGGGACACAUUCAGCCCUGACGAGCACUUGUGGGCCACUCUACAGCGAAUGCCCUCUGUUCCUGGAUCAAUGCCCGCCAACAUCAAGUAUGAUGUGUCAGACAUGCAAGCCCUCGCUCGUGUGGUGAAGUGGAGCUAUCUAGCAGGAGACGUGAGAAAUGGAGCUCCGUACUAUCACUGCAUGGGCGCUUACAGAAGAACAGUCUGUGUGUACGGAACCGGUGACCUCCCGUGGCUCCUGAGACAACAUCAGCUGUUUGCAAAUAAGUUUGAUCCUGAGGUUGAUGAUAUCGCCAUUAGAUGUAUUGAGUCAGUUCUGCGUUGGAAAGCUUCCGGCCAUGACCCACUGUAUACAGAUCAAUAUUCCACCCUUUUGUAAAGAGUGUUAAGUGAAAUGUAAAGAAAAUGUUUCCAUUUCAAAGUUUGUAAUUAGGACAGGUAAAUACUAUA